AUGCCUUCAACCAAGAAGGUGGCUUCUGUCCGCUCUCGUGGUCGUGCUGCUCGCUCAAGGCCUUCUUCCGUGUCAAGUGCCGGUUCUAUUCGUUCUCGUUCGGGUCGUUCGCGCACUCCAGCUGCCCCAAGAGCUUCGAUCUUCAACUACCUUGCUGACCCUCAUCAUCAAGCCCUUCGAGCUCGCCGUAUUGAUAAGAGACGUCAACGUCGCGUGGACAAGAAAUCGCUUCCUUCUGUUGCGAUCAACCAAGUACCCUCAAGCCCUUCGGGAUCUCAGAAUUCUGGAAGUCUCUCGGAUCUUUCUGCAACCACUCCAUCCACUGCCGGUGGUCAAAGCUCUCGUUCGGCUUCAGUGGUGACGGCUACCCGUUCCAAAGUCAAGCGCGCAUCUCGUUCUCGCUCUCGUUCGCGUUCAACUCGUGGUCGCUCCGCAUCGGGCCCCUCCCGUUCCAACAAGAAGCGUGUGGCAAAACGCGGACGCUCGACUGCGUUAGCCCUGCCAUAUGAUGAGUAUGAUAUCAUGAUCACAGAUAUAGAUGAAAACGAGUUAAAGGAGAUUGGCCAAGAAGAAAAAAUCGAGCAUUUGGGUCCCGGAACAUUCAAGACCCCCCCGUUCCCAGUCAAGGGCAAAAUACAUGCAACCGUGCUAAAGGAUACCCGCUUCAAAAUGGCAAUACAGGACCGAAACAGCUGCAUUAUGUGUCAAGGCUCACCUGAUGCACAUAAAGAGGUCAAUAUUUUGGGUAUGGACGCGAUGAAAGCUUGGAAAGUCUCGGCGAUUGAAAGUCUCGAUUGGGAUCAAAAAACUUUCCUUCUCUCGAAAUCACUUCCUUCUGGUGCGAUCAACCAAAUGCCCUCAAGCCCUUCGGGAUCUCAGAAUUCUGGAAGUCUCUCGGAUCUUUCUGCAACUUCUCCAUCCUCUGCCGGUGGUCAAAGCUCAGUGAAGAAGCCUCGCUUGCAA